AUGGCCGUCUGGCAGUGGUUCAAGAGCAUACCGCCCAAGACACGCAUGAUUAUUGGUGUGGGAGUCAUGGCGUAUGCGGGUGUUGGCCUCUACAUCUCCGAUGUGGCUGAAGAAAAACUCGGCUAUGUCCCUACUGAAAAAGACAAGGAGCAUUUGAAGGAUGCUCUGCCAAAGAUAUCUGCUGUGGAGAAGCGGAGCACGUGA